AGCGUUCAUGUAUCAAAAGUCGUCAUGUAUAUUCAAAAAGGAGACUUACUGAAUAUCCAUCAAAGCGCCUCAAAACCAAGCCUGUUGUCGUCAUAUUGGUCUAUACACGUGCAAGUGCAAAACUCGGAUCGGCUCGAUGUUGAUGUAAAAAGCUGCUCGCAAUCGUCGCUGCCGGAUGCUUUCGAAGUCAAAUCGAAUUCACUCAGAGGCACGAAAAGUCUGUCAGAUCUUGCAACGGAUAUGACUCAGGAACGGACAUGUUUAUCGUCACGAAAUGUAGCGAUGGCAAUGGAAGAGUCCUGUGCGGCAGCCGCUGGUCCUGACAACCUCACAAAUCGAAUCACAGAAUGGUUGACGACUAUAGAUAUACAGGAGCAGAAGCAAAACGUGUAAACAAGUCUACGUGUUCAUGCUCAGAGCAUGGAAAGAACUACCUUUUCACUGUCCUAUUACUUCUGAAAUGCUGCACCUGCUUUUCUUCAUGUGAGAAAAGCAUUGAAGGCACAAAUAUAAAUCUUUCUUGUACUGAC